CCGUGAUUGCUCAUAAUCAGUUCUUGAGCCUCUAUCUUUUUCUGGGUCUGCUCCUCUCAUUCUCUCAUCAAAUUUUCUUAAUCCCAUUUCCGGAUUAUCUUCAGUAACUGUGCGAAUUGCAGAAAAAAGAUUUUGACUAUGGAUAAGGAAACAGAAGAAACCCUAAACUGCUUAUUACCAUUAGGAAGAUUUUGCGACACGCAAGAGAUAACACCAUUGUCACUCUCCCACUUCUCUGAGGAUUUCCCAAUUCGAUUCCCGUAUCCAGCACAAUUCGGAUCCAAUCAGGUCCUGGGUUCGCAGCCAACAACACAGGAGAGCAACAAGAGCUCGUUACUGGAUCCAGAUUCGGUUUCUGAUCAAGAUAAGACCAGACACAACUCCAGGAAGAGAAAAUCGAUUCCCACUGGAAAUGAAAAGGAGUCUCCAGCUUCCUCGUCUCUCACAGCUUCCAAUUCCAAGAUUUCAGAAGAGAAAGCUUGCAAGAGAAGCAAGCAAAAUGAGACUGAAAAGAGCGAAAACAAAGAGGAGCCGCGCAAAGAUUAUAUACAUGUAAGAGCAAGAAGAGGUCAAGCAACCGAUAGCCACAGUAUCGCUGAAAGGGCAAGAAGAGAAAAGAUUAGCGAGAGAAUGAAGUUGCUUCAAGAUUUGGUUCCUGGUUGCAACCGGAUUACUGGGAAAGCUGUCAUGCUUGAUGAAAUUAUAAAUUAUGUGCAGUCGUUGCAGACACAAGUCGAGUUCUUAUCUAUGAAGUUGGCAACUAUAAAUCCAAUAACGGAGUUCAAUGCUAAUGCUCUAUUAUCCGCAGAGAUGUUGCAGCUUGGAGAGUCAUUAACGCAGGCGAUAUCAUGCUCAGAGGCAAGACUUCCUUCAGAGUAUUUAUCUCUUGGCAAGAACAUUCCAAGAUUCUUUGAGACUCAAACUCAGUUCCUAAACUCGUCUAGUGCUUCAAAUGGUGGAUUUGUUCACGCUGAGGCACCGGUUUUCUGGGAAAACGAUCUGCAGAGUAUUGUUCAGAUGGGUUUCAGAGAUAUUCAGCAAGAGAACACCAACUGUUUUGAACCAACGAUUCAUAUGAAACUUGAGCCAGAGAGAUGAUCAAAGAAAUGAUGAUUACUGACCAUCUUUUGGAUUUAAUAUCUGUUUGUCUGUAAAAAUUCAUCGUCUGUAAAAAGAGUGGUAGAACAAGAACUUUGUUGUAUUGUUAUUACAAAAGAGGCAGAUUAAGUUGUGUAAACUGAUGGAUCAGAUCAUACUAGAUUUGAGAUAAAGAUUAGAAUGAGUUUGUGUGAAGCAAGUGCAACCUUU